AUGGUGGGUUGGGCAAUUUGGGAAGCACGAAAUGGAUUGCUAUGGAAUAAUAAGAAGAGUCGGCCUGAACAUGUCAGCUUGCAUGCAUCUCUGAGGCUACAGGAUUUUUUGCGGGUUAAUAAUUGCUUGGGGUCUCAAAGUAGGCAAGGUCAGAUAAAACAAAUGUGGCAACCACCACAUGAGAACAGUCUUAAAAUAAAUGUGGACGGUGCUUGGCAGCCAGGGACCACGGAGGGUGGCGUUGGUGUGGUUGUGAGAGACUCCACGGGCAAAUUUGUGGCGGGUUGUGCAAUUAAAUUCACUAAUGUUUUCUCUGCGUCACAAGUUGAGGCCUUGGCGGCAAGAACAGGUACAAUAUUGGUGAUGGAAAGGGGUUAUCAAAAUGUUGUCUUUGAAAGUGAUGCUCUCCAGAUCGUUACAGCACUUCGAAAUCAUUCCAUAGAUAGGUCCGUUCUAGGACCUGUGGUGGAGGAUACUAAGAGCUUGCUGACACAGAUCACUGGGGAAGGUUUUACCCAUAUUCGUCGUACUGCUAAUGGUGUGGCUCAUCGUUUAGCUCGUUUUGCCUUGCAUAUUGGGGGUUCUUUAUACUAG